AUUGUCUUCGGCGAGUAACCACCCGACAUUAUGGCUAUAUCUCACUCGAAAUCGCAACCAUGGACUCCAUUUAUUUUCCACAAGAGCUUAUUAAUUUGAUUAUAAGCCACAUUGAGGAUAAAAAGACUCUAGCCUCCCUGCGUUUGGUUUCAUCGUCGUGUCGGAGAAGUGCCGACCCUAUCUACUUCAAACGGCUAUUCAUCAUGUUGUCGAGCAAAUCCGUGGCUAAUGUUGCCAAUCUCAUUCAGUCGCCUUACAGAGAGUACGUUGAAGAGAUCUGCUGGGCCGAUAGAGAACUUCAAUAUCACCUGCACGACGACUUAGAGGCUUUCCAAGACACCUUCAAGGAGAGGUUUGCCGGGCUAUCACGUGAUGACGUCGCUCAGUGGCAUGAGAAAUACCGCACUAUGUACAGGGACCAGGAAAGCGUAUACUCUCCUUUAUAUGAUGGAAGCGCACAACUUCAUCUUGAGUCUUUCAUCAACCUAAAGAGGGUUUCAGUAGACAAUGGCUGUGAACUUCGGACUGAGCAAUAUCCAGUUGCACUCGAUGCACCAGAAAUCCUAAACAAUCCAGACCAGUGGAGCACAAUGAAGCGCCCCACCUUCAUGCGACUGAUGCCUAUGCUUUACCCUCAACUUCGACACCUUGAGUUCCAUGGUUUCGCCAUCCUUUCCCGUGCGUUACUUGAGUGCUUGGGCAUGGUGCGGAAGUCACUGCGCUCCUUAGUCUUCAGCAACUGCGUUUUCAAGCCUACCCUUUUAGUAGUAUUUACGAACAUUCGCGAAAAAAAACUCGUGCGACUUGUAACUAUAUUUAAGCACAGCAAAGACUUUUUCUAUCGAUCAAUUCCGGAGAAACCAAGCACUUUGACCGACAAGGCUAUUACGCCAUACCUAGUCCAGUCGAGGAUGAAUGGUACUUUGUGUCUUCACGAUUGGGAUAAGCAAGUUAAGGAAUACGCAGAUGAAAAUUCUCGGGACGCAAGGGACGUUGAGGGCGCCGAGGACGCCUAA